CAGACGAGGGCGCUUUAUUCAAUGCUUUCCCAUUCUCGAUUGACGGCGUUCAUCGCCAUUCAACCACGAACUCUUCUCAGCAUUCGUGCUACCACAUCCACGUCCCGACACAAAUUCAGGAUGGCGAGCACCCAGGUCUCUGCGUUUGGUCUCAAGGACUCAAGCCUCAUUAAAAUGCAAGGAUUUGUGGACGGAAAAUGGAGUGAUGCAAAAGACGGAGCAACUAUCAGUGUGACUAAUCCCGCUACUCUCGAAGAGCUCGGGACAGUCCCUGAGAUGGGUCUAUCUGAAACAAUGGAAGCUAUAGAUGCAGCCUCCAAGGCAUUUCCCGCAUGGAGUAGAACGACCGCCAAGCACCGACACGACAUACUAAUGAAACUCUUCGCCCUCAUGCAAGAGAAUCACGACGACUUGUCCAGGAUAAUUACCCUCGAAAACGGGAAACCGCUCAAGGAGGGCAUGGGUGAGAACGCCUACAGUGCUUCAUUCAUCGAGUGGUAUGCCGAAGAAGCCGUGAGGGCAUACGGAGAACAGAUUCCUUCUGCUAACAGUAAUAUCAGAAACCUCGUAAUCAAGCAACCAAUCGGUGAUUCCAUUCUUACACCAUGGAACUUUCCUUCUGCUAUGAUUACACGGAAACUGGGUGCUGCCCUAGCUGCUGGUUGCACGGCUGUGAUCAAGCCCCCACCAGAAACCCCCUUUUCAGCACUCGCUAUCGCAGAGCUGUGUCGUCGUGCCGGUAUUCCUGAUGGUGUUGUCAAUAUGGUCACUACUGAAAAAAACGUUGUUACCGUUGGAAGGGAGCUAUGCGAGAAUAAGGCUAUCAAAAAAGUUUCUUUCACUGGGUCAACGCCUGUUGCAAAACUGCUCUACGGGCUAGCUGCAUCGACAUUGAAGAAAAUCUCCCUGGAAGCAGGAGGAAAUGCGCCAUUCAUUGUGUUUGACGACGCUAACAUCGAAGAAGCUGUCGAUGCUGCAAUUCUUUGCAAGUUCCGCGGCAGUGGCCAAACGUGUGUCUGUGCGAAUCGGAUCUACGUCCAAUCGAACGCCUAUGCAGAGUUUGCAUCACGUCUGACAGAAAAGGUGGCUGCUUUCAAAGUCGGAAAUGGCCUGGAUGAGCAGACCACUCACGGUCCACUUAUUCAUGCUCGGGCCGCGGAGAAAGUCGCUCGUCACGUCAAUGAUGCUGUGUCAUUAGGCGCCCAGGUUCUAAUAGGCGGCAAGGGCAUUCCCGAUACCUCGUUCUACCUCCCCACAGUCCUAUCUGAAGUGCCCGCCAACGCCAUGCUGAAUAGUGAAGAAACGUUCGGUCCUUUAGCGGCGCUACAACAAUUUGAGACCGAAGAGGAAGUGGUAAGGCUAGCGAAUUCGACGGAUGUCGGACUUGCUGGUUACUUCUUUUCGCGAGACGUGGGCCGAGUGUGGCGAGUUGCCGAAAAGCUGCAAGUGGGGAUGGUUGGUGCGAAUACCGGUCUCAUAAGCCAAGCCGUCAUUCCAUUUGGUGGUAUCAAGGAAAGUGGUCUUGGAAGAGAAGGGGGACCGCACGGAAUAGAUGAGUAUAUGAAUACGAAGCUGAUUGUUUUCGGUGGAUUGGGUAUGUGAAGGACGGCGCCGCGAAGUACGAACUCUUGUAAUUUUGCUUAUGGAAAGCUUUUUGUACUUGUAGUAGCACCUGACAAACUAAGCGAGACCCGGGCCCGGUCAAGAAUAUAUAUAUGUGCCGG